AUGCCCAAAAAGGAUGAUGAUGCCAAAAAAACGGCAUCAGAGACGGUGCCGGACCAACGCUGGAAACUACAGGUCUUCUACCUCUGUUUUUAUGGCUUCAUGACGCAGAUCCGGCCUGGGGAGAGCUUCAUCACCCCGUAUCUCCUGGGUGCUGACAAGAACUUCACAAAGGCAGAGGUGACCAACGUGAUCACGCCAGUGUUGACUUACUCCUACAUGAGCCUGAGCCGCAUCGCCGUCUGGUUGCUGCUGGUCUUGGGUACCUCUGUGUUGGCCAUGCAGUUGAUGGAGUUCUUCUACGGCAUCACCAUGGCUGCCCGCAUUGCCUACUCUUCCUACAUCUUCUCCCUCGUCGCCCCGUCCCGUUACCAGCGGAUGGCCAGCUACUCCCGUUCCGCCGUUCUCUUGGGUGUCUUCACCAGCUCGGUGCUGGGCCAGCUCUGUGUCACCUUGGGUGGCGUCUCCUUCCUCACCCUCAACUAUGUCUCCUUGGGCUUUGUCAGCUUCGGCCUCAUCCUCACCCUCUUCCUCGAGCGGCCCCAGCGGAGCCUUUUCUUCAACCGGCCCAGCGAGGGGGCUGGACACGGGGCUGCACCCACCGAGCUGGACAAAAGGGCCGGGGGGGAUGGGGGUGGGGAGCCGCAGGGCUGGCGGGGGUCGGCGCUGUGCCGUAUGCUGCGGGAGAUGGGAGCAUUGACCAGGCAACCCCAACUCCGGCUCUGGUCCUUGUGGUGGGUCUUCAACUCG